GACCGAGUCGGUGGCCGAGAAGAUGCUGACUAACUGGUUUGCCUUCCUCCUGCACAAGUUCCUCAAGGAAUGCGCUGGGGAGCCCCUCUUCAUGCUCUACUGUGCCAUCAAGCAGCAGAUGGAGAAAGGUCCUAUUGAUGCCAUCACCGGAGAGGCCCGUUAUUCCCUCAGUGAGGACAAGCUGAUCCGGCAGCAGAUUGAGUACAAGACGCUGAUCCUAAACUGUGUGAACCCAGAUAAUGAGAACAGUCCCGAGAUCCCUGUGAAGGUGCUGAACUGUGACACCAUCACUCAAGUCAAAGAGAAGAUCCUCGACGCAGUAUACAAAAACGUCCCAUAUUCUCAAAGACCAAGAGCUGUUGACAUGGACUUGGAGUGGCGGCAGGGCCGGAUAGCUCGCGUGGUCCUGCAAGAUGAAGACAUCACCACCAAGAUUGAAGGAGAUUGGAAGCGCUUGAACACCUUGGUGCAUUAUCAGGUAUCAGACCGCUCAGUUGUGGCUCUGGUUCCCAAACAGACCUCCUCCUACAACAUCCCUGCCUCUGCCAGUAUAUCCCGGACGUCUAUUAGCAGAUAUGACUCCACCUUCCGCUACACCGGCAGCCCUGACAGCCUGCGCUCCCGGGCCCCCAUGAUCACCCCCGACCUGGAGAGCGGGGUCAAGGUCUGGCACUUGGUUAAAAACCAUGACCACGGAGACCAGAAGGAGGGAGACCGGGGCAGUAAGAUGGUGUCCGAGAUCUACCUGACCAGGCUGUUAGCUACAAAGGGUACGCUGCAGAAGUUCGUGGACGACUUGUUUGAGACGCUGUUCAGCACCGUGCACCGCGGCAGCGCGCUGCCCCUGGCCAUCAAGUACAUGUUCGAUUUCCUGGAUGAGCAGGCAGAUAAGCACGGCAUCCACGACACCGACGUCAGGCACACGUGGAAGAGCAACUGCCUCCCUCUCCGAUUCUGGGUGAAUGUAAUCAAAAACCCCCAGUUCGUGUUUGACAUCCACAAAGGCAGCAUCACGGACGCCUGCCUCUCUGUGGUGGCUCAGACCUUCAUGGAUUCCUGCUCCACCUCGGAGCACCGCCUGGGCAAGGAUUCCCCCUCCAACAAGCUGCUGUACGCCAAGGACAUCCCCAGCUACAAGAGCUGGGUGGAGAGGUAUUACGCAGACAUCGCCAAGCUCCCGGCCAUCAGCGACCAGGACAUGAACGCCUACCUCGCCGAGCAGUCGCGCCUGCACUCCGCCGAGUUCAACAUGCUCAGUGCGCUCAACGAGAUCUACUCCUAUGUCAGCAAGUACAGCGAAGAGCUCAUCGGGGCUCUGGAGCAGGAUGAACAGGCACGUAGGCAGCGUCUGGCAUACAAAGUAGAGCAACUUAUUGGUGCCAUGUCUAUUGAGAGCUGAAGAAAGGUCGCGGUGCUCGCGGACGGCAAAGGGCAGAGGAUUGCACGAACUCUCGGGAAUUCAGAGGGAGAACAAGCAAGAAAGGCUCUGGACACAAAUAAAUACCAAGGCUCUUCUGGAGGGAGCAGAGACUGGCCCAAGGACUGACUGUGUUCAUACAGGAUCCGGUUGGAAAAGGCAAGAGGAGAAAAACACAAAGCAUCUCAAUCAAAGUCAGAUCAAGAUGGAUCAUUUUUUUUGAGUAUACAUGGAAACAAGGAACCUGGAAAGUCUGGAUGUCUCCAUGACUGCUGCUUUGCAUGAAAAUUGUUUGAUGUAUAUUAG